AUGCCAUGGGCCAAGGUUAGAGAACUAACUCAGCCGAAAUUCCGUAGUGCGAAAAAAUUACGGGAAGAGUGGGUGGGAAAUACGGUAUUACAUAAAAAUUUGAUAAGGGAUCCCACACAAAGAGUAAAAGGGUUCAAACUCUCACGACAAGAGUUUGUAGUUCAUAAGCGAUUAAAAGCUGGACUCGGAAGAUGUGGGCAUAUGAUGUACAAGUGGAAACUAAAGAAUAGCCAGAAAUGUGGUUGUGGAAAUGACAGUCAUGAGUUAUGA